AUGAAAAAUCCAGAAGCGGAGAAGAGAGAGACAAUAGAGAACGCACAAGAUUCAUAUUCUGAUAAAGUAGUAGAGCAAUCAUCAUCGUCAGGAUCAGAAAUGGUGGCGGCUUCCGCCAUUGAUGGCGUGGCCGCUACGGCGCUGAGCUCAGUGCUCCAUCGCGUCCACCAGGCUGCCGAGCUCUGCGGCCGUGGGUCGGACCGGAUCCGGGUGGUGGCCGUGAGCAAGACCAAGCCCGUUUCCCUCCUUCGCCAAGUCUAUGAUGCCGGCCACCGCUGCUUCGGCGAGAAUUACGUCCAAGAAAUCGUCGAGAAAGCCCCUCAGCUGCCAGAUGAUAUAGAGUGGCAUUUUAUUGGGAAUUUGCAGAGCAAUAAAGUCAAGCCGCUUCUCAAAGCGGAGAAGAGAGAGACAAUAGAGAACGCACAAGAUUCAUGUUCUGAUAAAGUAGUAGAGCAAUCAUCAUCGUCAGGAUCAGAAAUGGUGGCGGCUUCCGCCAUUGAUGGCGUGGCCGCGACGGCGCUGAGCUCAGUGCUCCAUCGCGUCCACCAGGCUGCCGAGCGCUGCGGCCGUGGGUCGGACCGGAUCCGGGUGGUGGCCGUGAGCAAGACCAAGCCCGUUUCCCUCCUUCGCCAAGUCUAUGAUGCCGGCCACCGCUGCUUCGGCGAGAAUUACGUCCAAGAAAUCGUCGAGAAAGCCCCUCAGCUGCCAGAUGAUAUAGAGUGGCAUUUUAUUGGGAAUUUGCAGAGCAAUAAAGUCAAGCCGCUUCUUAAUGGUGUACCAAAUCUUGCCAUGGUGGAGACUGUAGAUGAUGAAAAGAUCGCUAACCAUCUUGACCGUGUAGUUGGAAACAUUGGAAGAAAUCCUCUGAGAGUUAUGGUCCAAGUGAACACUAGUGGAGAAGAAUCUAAACACGGUGUUGAUCCCACUGGUUGUGUCGAACUUGUCAAACACGUUGCUUUGGGCUGCCCAAACCUUGAAUUUUCUGGCCUGAUGACAAUAGGAAUGCUGGAUUAUACGUCUACUCCUGAGAAUUUCAAGACAUUAGCAAAAUGUAGAAGCGAGGUCUGCAAGGCACUUGGAAUAGUGGAAGAGCAAUGUGAGCUGUCAAUGGGCAUGUCUGGCGAUUUUGAGCUUGCUAUUGAAAUGGGCAGUACCAAUGUUAGAAUCGGAUCUACCAUAUUUGGACCAAGGGAAUAUCUGAAGAAACAGUCAAACUAG